CUGCUUACUGUACGGCGCGGCACGUGGCUUUGUUUACGUCUGUAUGAAUUCGCUCACCAACACGUCCGAUCUUGCAAGAGACUCGCAAGCAUCUCGCAAGAGUGACGCUGGAUGCUAACAGAUUAUACGUUCGAAAAAUCGUUCUUCGGGUUACACGCGUUACAACGCAUCGUGCCAUCGUACCUACGUUGUUAUAAUCCUUUUCGGUACCUACACGCAGAUUUGGCAAGGAGAAUCACUGAAGGAGUUUGUGAAAAUGCCGUCGUCAAGAUCUGACAGUCUCCCCAGGAUUAUCAAGAAAAGAAAGACCACCUCCGACCUGGAUGAUUCUACUUUGAUAGAAGCUGCGAUCGCAAAUCCACACUUGUCUAUCCCAAAAUUAAUGCGCAAUUGCGUCCCCGAUUAUCCUGCGUCCAGAUUUGUUGCUUAUCAUAGAAUCCGUCAACACGGACUGCAGUGGCGAAGGAAGUCUAGGAACAUAGACCGGAGCAACCAGGAUUCUGAAACAACGCCAAAAUCUUGUAAUGCCUCUUCUGACAAUUCACUCUCAUGGUCUCCUUGUCGUUCUUCAACACCAAUAUCGAAUCACCAUCGCUCAUCUCACGGUCACUGCAACUUAUCAAAGUCACUCAAAGCCUCCAGUAAGACCGGAAGAUCAAAGUCACUCAAAGCCUCCAGUAGGACUGGAAGAUGGAAACUAUUGAGGAAAUUUAUNAAUUAUUAUGAAAACCAGUGA